AUGUCUGAGCAGCGCGAAGAUGCCACGCUGGAGGCUGCGACGAUGCCGCUCACGGCGCAGUGCGUCCGGGCGGUGCGGCAUUUCCACACCCACAUUCUUUUUCUCGAGGAUGCCUUCUUUAGCGCCGACCAGCAGAAGCAGGAGGCGUUUGACGUGGCGCACGCCUUCCUGGCGCCGGUGGACGCGUCGCGCUACCUCGCACCGGAGCAGAUGGAAGGGGCAGAGCAGCGGCUGCAGCGACUUUUACGCUCGUUUGAGGCUGCCUGCCAAGACGACCUCGCAGCGCUCCGAGAGGAAGGGGAUGCGUUGAAGCAGCGUAUGGCCCACACUAUUGCCGUGGCCGAAGAAAAGUGGGGGGCGGCUGAGCGUCGCCGCCAGGAAGAAUUUGUGGAGAUGUCUGUUGCCUGUCAAAAGGAGGUCGCCGCCAUGAACGCCGAGUUGCGGUUGGGUGUACUCAGCUGCCUCCAGGAGGGCCGAAUGAGUGCGGUACUGGAGGAGGCCUUGACGGCGAAGGUGGACGAGCUGCGAGUGCUGCAGGGGCAACUGGAAGAAAUGACGGCGUCACGGAUGAAUGCGUUCACGGAGCACCAACAGCUCCUCCAGGAGGAGCGGGAGCGGCAUCGGGAGCGUUUCUUGGCGCUACAAGAGGAGACUACGAGAACCGUUCACGAGUUAACGCUGGAUCUUGAGCGGCAGCAGCACCAGCACCUGCGAGAGAUUAGGGAGCUGCGGCGGCAACACAUCGCCCAGGUGAAGGACUUGGAGAGACAACUGCACGGCGAGAGGGAGGCACACGCCAGCGAGGUGCAGCGGCACACGGAGGCGAUGGAUCAAUCCCGAGCAGCACUGCGGGAACUGGGGGAGGCGGAACAGCGGCUUGCGCAGGAGCUGCGUGAGCAGCAGUUGCAAGCAGCGGAGUGGCGUCGGCGCUACACUGAGCGGGAUACGCAGGCAAAGUUGGAACGGGUGGAGCAGCAGGCGAUUGCGGAUGAGUUGCGCGUCGAGGAGGCGCAGGCGUUUCGCAAACAGCUGGUGGAUACCGUGCGCCGCCGUGCCGCCUCGCCGUUUGAUCUUGCCAAGUCCACCGGCACACCGCUGCCAGGGCGUAGUGUUCCACACUCCUUUUCCGUGGCUGGGGGGAGCAAAAUGCAGGCCCGUGAGUCAACAGGGGCCACGGAGGGGUCGCUUUCGUCAUCGUCUUCUCCUCAUGGGAGGCGCACAGUCUUAUUAUCUGCAGUUUCGUCUGAAGGCCCUGUUAACCCAUAUGCCACCUUAACGCUUCACAAGCCAACGCCAAGCUACGUCCGGCUCAUGAACUUGUGUGAGCAGGUAAAGAAGCAUGUUGCGUGA